AGAGAAGACAGAAAUGCCCCCUGAACUCCAUUUCCGAGCACGAUAGAUUCUUCCCUUCCUUCGGUCUCCAUUCCAUUCCUGCAACGCUGGAUUGAACCUAACAACGCCCGAAUCCAUCGAUUCUUCCAUUUCCAUUCCCCCAACUCCUUGAAAAACCAUAAAUCCCCAGAUCCUGGAUCGGAAUUAGGAGCAAGGCGGCGCCUUUGCGGCUCUCCUCGUCCGCCUUGGCGCGCGCCACCGGGGACGCGCGCUAGCCGGCAGCGCCGCGCGGAGGGGACGCGCGCCGGCUCCUCGCAGCGCCGCCGAGGACCUCUGGCUCUGUUCGCAUCGAUUUAUUGAUACCCGCGGCUGUCAUGGCGAAAGAAACGGUGUUCGUCCGGUAGUCUGGCCAUGCUCAAAAUCCGUUCGGCGAAAUGCCCCUGGGCGUCCGUCGGCGCGGCCGGCGCCCUCGUGAUGCUCGUCACCGCGGUCCAUGUCUUCAUGGUGCCUAUCCUCCCCUCGUCCCUGGAUUUCUCGGGCGCUCGCCGCACGGUCGACCACCGGCCGAGGAACGUGCUGCCGGGCGCAGGGGUUGUGGACUCACGCCUCAGGGGUCGGUUUCCUGCCGAUUCAUACGAAGCCGUGACAUUCCGUGCCGCGCCGUGGAAGGCCGAGAUUGGGAGGUGGCUCGCUGGGUGCCAUGCCGAAUCGUCGGCUGUCAACAUUACUGAAGCUAUUGGCACAAAGAGGUGCCAGAAAGACUGCAGUGGAAAUGGUGUGUGCAACUAUGACCUGGGGGAAUGCAGAUGCUUCCAUGGAUAUGCUGGAAAAGGAUGUGAGAGGGUUCUGAAGUUGGAGUGCAACCUCCCAAGUUCCCCAGAAUGGCCUGUAGGACCAUGGAUAGUUUCCAUAUGUCCAGCCCAGUGUGACACAACCAGGACAAUGUGCUUUUGUGGACCAGGAACAAAAUACCCGGAUCGCCCUGUGGCAGAAGCUUGCGGCUUUAAAACAAUCGUGCCUGCAAAACCUGAUGACCCGAAGCUUACCGACUGGACAACACCUGAUCCAGAUGUAUUCACAACAAACAGCAGUAAGCUAGGAUGGUGCAAUGUGGACCCCGAGGAUGCAUAUUCUUCCAAAGUGAAGUUUAAAGAAGAAUGUCAUUGCAAAUAUGAUGGACUCUGGGGGCAGUUUUGUGAGACACAUGUUGAAUGCAUUUGUAUUAACCAGUGUUCCGGACAUGGACAUUGUCGUGGUGGUUUCUGUCAGUGCGACAGUGGAUAUUUUGGGAUUGAUUGCAGCAUCCCAUCGGCUUAUUCAGUUGCAUAUGAAUGGCCCUCAUGGCUCCAAGCACCAGUGAACCUACCAGACCUAAAAAAUUUAAGCAAUAUCCCCAUCAAUGUCAAUGCUGUUGUUGAGAAAAAAAGACCACUAAUAUAUGUGUACGAUUUGCCAGCUGAGUUUGACAGUCAUCUUCUUGAAGGACGACAUUACAAGUUAGAGUGUGUGAACAGAAUAUAUGAUGAAAAGAACAGAACUAUAUGGACGCGGCAACUGUAUGGUGCUCAGAUGGCACUCUAUGAGAGCAUUCUUGCUAGCCCUCACCGCACACUGAAUGGGGAUGAAGCUGAUUAUUUCUAUGUGCCGGUUCUUGAUUCAUGUCUAAUAACUAGAUCCGAUGAUGCCCCACACCUGCAGAUGCCGGAGGACCUGCGCCUAAGGAGUUACCAUACUCUUGAGUACUACAGAAAGGCUUAUGAUCACAUAGCUCAGAGGUAUCCUUACUGGAACCGCACUUCUGGAAGAGACCAUAUUUGGUUCUUUUCAUGGGAUGAAGGUGCCUGCUAUGCUCCAAAGGAGAUCUGGAACAGCAUGAUGCUUGUCCACUGGGGAAAUACCAACACAAAACAUGAAAAAUCAACGACUGCUUAUUGGGCUGACAACUGGGAUGAUAUUCCUUUGGAUAGAAGAGGCAACCAUCCAUGUUUCGAUCCGAGAAAGGACCUCGUGCUUCCAGCAUGGAAGGAGCCUAACCCAGGGGCCAUCUGGUUAAAACUAUGGGCAAGGCCAAGGAUCAAUCGUACAACACUUUUUUAUUUCAAUGGUAAUCUAGGACCAGCCUAUGAAGAGGGUCGCCGUGAAGACACGUAUAGCAUGGGGAUUAGGCAAAAGCUGGCAGCUGAAUUCGGUUCAACACCAAACAAGCAGGGGAAGCUUGGAAGGCAGCAUACAGCCAACGUAACAGUUACGUACUUAAAAUCUGAGAUGUAUUAUGAGGAACUAGCAAGCUCCAUUUUCUGUGGUGUCUUGCCAGGGGAUGGCUGGAGUGGGCGCAUGGAAGAUAGCAUGCUUCAAGGAUGCAUUCCUGUCAUAAUACAGGAUGGAAUAUUUCUUCCGUACGAGAAUGUGCUUAACUACAACAGUUUUGCUGUCCGCAUACAAGAAGAUGACAUCCCCAACCUCAUCGGAGUCCUUCAAGGAAUGAACGAAACACAAAUAGAUUUCAUGUUAGGAAAUGUUCGCCAGAUCUGGCAGAGGUUCUUUUAUCGCGACACUAUGUUGCUAGAGGCAGAGAGGCAGAAAAAAUUGUUUACUGAAGAGGAGGCGGCCUGGUCAGUUGAGGUUUCGAAACUAGAAGAAGGUGAUGAUGUCUUUGCAACUUUCAUACAGGUAUUGCAUUAUAAGUUAUACAAUGACCCGUGGCGGCAAGGUCUCCUCCAAGAAAAGGAAACCGGUUUGCCGAGCAUCUGCUCAAAGGCUUCCUGAAGUGCUCAGCAGAAGUUGCGGCUGUGGCGAUAGGCUUAGGAUAGGCGUAGUUACUCUUUUAAUCCCAUGUGAAAAGAAUCGGUACAUAUGGUCCUCCAAAGGGAUGAUCUGAUAAUGGAAAUGAGACUCGCCUUCUCAUUCUUGGUUUUCUUUGACAGAUUCUUGCUGUUUUGACAGAAUAUAACCGAGACCAUUCUCUGAAAGAAAAUGAUACUGUAGAUUGCAGCAACCUUGUCUGUUGAGCCAAAACUGAUAUACAUUCACCAAAUAAAUGCGAAGCAAAUGUGUUUUUGUUUU